AUGCCCGAUUCUCUGGGGUUUGCAAUGCAGCGCGCACUGCCGCGGUCGGGGCGCGAGCGAGAACUGCAACAGACGCAGGCACUCGUCUCUCAGCGGGCUGCCGAGCUCACCCUCGACAAGCGACUGACCCUCGGCCUGUCUGUCGACGCGAUUGAGGAGUACAUCGCGGCUCUCCCCGCCGACGUUGUCGAGCAGUGCAACGAGAACCGGCCCAUCAAUGGAGUCCGCGUCCCCGCCAACGCCGCCCUCAACGGCUACGUCAACCAGUGGCAAGUCGCGAGGCGGAGCGAGUCGGACGGAGGCAAGGCGUACUGCGAGACGCUUUAUGAGCGCGGCAACCCUGGCGUGGGCGUCGCCACCGUCUUUGUGAGCUGGUUCCUCGAGACGCCGCUCGCGACGCUGGUGGACGCCCUGCGGCUCCACCCAGAGCUGCCGCCGGACACCAAGUUCUGGGUGUGCGACUUUGUGAUCCGCCAGUCAACGCGGUCGCUCGACGUCACGAUGAACGACGUCAAGCGGCUCGGCGACUGCGAGCAGCAGGCGGCCUUCGAGGAGGCGCUUGUGUGGGACUUUGACUCGAUCGCGAAGAAGCUGUCCGAGGUGGAUGUGCGCAAGGCGGAGUGCCGCAACCCGAGAGACACGGAGCAGAUCCUGGGCGAGCUCGAGCGGGAGGUUGGCCUGACCGAGUGCAACAAGGCUGUGUUUGGGCUGCUGCGGGGGGCGCUGGCGGGGCAGGGGAGGGCGGCGCUGGAGCGGAUGGAGCCGGCGGAGAGGGCGACGUCGACGCUGACCAACCAGCUCGGUAUGCUGCUAUAUGAGCAGGGCGACCUGGAUGGCGCGGAGGCGCUGGAGGGGAGGCGAGAGACGCUCGGCGACCGGCACCGGUUCCACCGGAGCACGCUCAGCUCGAUCAAUAGCCUCGGCGGGCUGCGGAGGGAAAAGGGUGACCUGGACGGCGCGGAGGCGCUGUAUCGCGAGGCGCAUGACGGGAGGCGAGAGACGCUCGGCGACCGGCACCGGGACACGCUCACCGCGACAAACAAUCUCGGCGCGCUGCAGCAGGCCAAGGGCGACCUAGACGGGGCGGAGACGCUUUGUCGCGAGGCGCUGGAGGGGUGCCGAGAGACGCUCGGCGACCGGCACCCGGACACGCUUGGCUCGAUCAGCAGCCUCGGCGGGCUGCUGUACGCCAAGGGCGACCUGGACGGCGCGGGGCCGCUGCGAUGGAGGGGGGGGGGGCGAGAGACACUCGGCGACCGGCACCCGGACACGCUCACCAUGAUCAACAACCUCGGCAAUCUGCUGAGGGCGAAGGGCGACCUGGACGGGGCGGAGGCGCUGCUUCGCGAGGCGAUGGAGGCGCAGCGAGAGACGCUAGGCGACCGGCACCCGAAGACGCUCACCUCGAUCAAUCGACGAUCAAUCCCUCGAUCAACAACCUCGGCGGGCUGCUGCACGCUAGGGGCGCUGGAGGGGUGCCGAGAGACGCUCGGCGACAAGCACCCAGACACGCUCCUCUCGAUCAGCAACCUCGGCCAGCUGCUGAAGGCCAAGGGCGACCUGGACGGCGCGGAGGCGUUUUGUCGCGAGGCGCUGGAGGGGAGACCGGAGACGCUCGGCGACCGGCACCCGAAGACGCUCACCUCCCUCUAUAACCUCGGGAUGCUGCUACAGAAGCAGGGCAGGCUCGGCGACGCCAUCCCUCUCUUCCGGGAGGAGCUGGAUGGAGGGGAGAUCGGGGCGCCGGUGCCGGCGCUUCCCUACCGCCAAUUCAAAAAGAAGCUUAAAAUUCUGCGCAUGGGCGCGUCCGGCUUCCUUGCGGAGGGCGGCGGCAGCGUGCCUAGAAGCGGGGAUAUCGAUCUGGCGUUUUGGUCCUUUGUAUCGGGCUGGCUCGCGCGGCUUGACCGUCAGUGGAAGACGGCGGUGCGCACGGUGCUGACACUCCGCGGUGAGGACGACCCCGCCCUCAGCGAGCGGGCGCAGGCGCUGCACGCUUGGGCAGAGCUGACGCGGACGGGAGUGCGCAAGAUUGUGAAGAAGGUCAACAAGCUGAAGGGGGAGGGAGACCUGCGCCUGCGGCCGGUCCUCGACUACGCCUUCACGCGCGGCUUCCUGCGCUCGCAGCUCGAGAUGAUCUUCUCCACCGACAAGAGGCCAAGUUGCCCUGUCUGCCUCGAGGAGCGCGCCUUCCACCGCCACCGCUGCCGCUACCGCUCUCUCUUCCUGGCUCAGCCCUCGACCCGGCCAGCCUCGCCCCCGUCGCGCCAGCAGAGUGCGGGCACGCCAUGUGCGCGCCUUGCUUUGCCCGCAUCGCAGGAGCGGCGGCGGAGGCGGAGGAGGCGGUUCGGUGCCCGAUCUGUCGGCGCCGUGUGCGGUCACCGGCCAAGCCGCUCACCGCGCCCCCGCGUCGCUCGCCCCGGCUGCUGUCGCCGCCCGCGGAGGCCUGAGGCGCGUUUAGAAAGGCGCCGCUCGCUGCUUUGUUUGAUGCUGCGCCGCGCGUACGUUCUUGCCCAAUCCUGCCGGUUCCGCAAUCGGCAGCGGGGAAGGGGGCUUGGGGGGCGGGGGCGGGGCAUGUCUCCGCCCUCGAUUGUGCGAUCUUGAGAGCUUGGUAUCUGUGGGUGACAGGCCGCACAUACUACCAGCUACGGUAACUAGAGUGUGCACUAGCUGCUACCGCAGCGUCUGCCCGCCUCUCGCCCCUCGCGCCUCUAGCCCAGUCGGCUGCGCCCUCCCUCCCCAGGCCCCAUGUGCCUGGAGGGUCCUACUCUCUCGCUCCCCGACCCCUAACUUACUAACUGUCGGGCCCUCCCGACUCGCCGGUGGUAGUUCGCACCAGAGGCGCCACCGCCUGCCCUGCACGCAAUCCCUCGGCAGUAGGGCAGGAUCGGUGGUUCGUAGCGCCCUGGUGGCGGGAUGGCGCCGCUCGUCGGUAGGCUCUUUACGGAUAGGCGUGGGCUGCUUUAAUCCCGAGCAUUGCGAGAAGCAAGUUCUGGCCGAGGAGGGGCCGGCCUGCCCUCAGUCAAAGGAGAAGAAUUGCCCCAGCAAACUGCUUAUGCACGAUGCCUUGUCCGCCUCUGCCAUCCCUGCCACCACGCGGAGCGUCUCCACCGACCACCUCUCCAUCACGUCUCGUGGCUCGUAGAGCUUAAAGCACCAGGUCAGCCGGCGAAGUCGCUCGGAGAUGCUGCCAUCGGUUGAGACUCCUGUGGCGUCAAGGGCAGUGACGAUCGUCUGGGUGGGGCACUCGCGAAGUCGCUGCUGGAAGGUCAUCCGUGUUGUUAGCGUAGGUCGACGCGGCUCCACUGGCGGGGGGCGGAUCACUCGGGGCCGCCGGAUCGGCGUCUCUGGAUGAGCGACCGCCAGGUUGGAGAGGAGGAAGGUUGGCAGAUCCUCCUCGUCGACCGAGCACACCGAGGUCGGCGAGGAGGCUCCGAGCGACGAGCACUCACUGCUGCUGCACCGCGACAUGCCGCUGCGUAUUCUCACUUGCAUGCUGUUUGUGG